AUGAGGAAAGCCACCUUUACCUUGACCGCUGACCCCAACGAAGCAGCUUACACCAUAGUCGUCGUUGACUUGGAGACUAUCGGCACAAUAGCAGUAGCAGACUCGUUGAAACCACCGUACCAAGGCAACCAUCAGAAACGCGAACACACAAAGGAGAAAAUGAAAGACAAAACUAACGCACAGGAUCUGAGAGAGAGACAACAACGAGGCCAGAACCCUAGAAUUGAAGAGAGGAGUGACAGUAAUGACUCGACGUGGAAGAGAAAUGGCAAUGACUCAACAUGGAAGAAAAGUGACUCGACGUUGUCAAGUCGAGAGGGGCAACGAUGGCUGAACGUGGAUGAAAACUAG